CUAAAUGGCCUUAAAAUGGCAGAUGAGCCUAUGGAAGAAGGUGAACCAUAUUCCUACCACGAUGAAGGAAGUGUGAAAGAAAUUCCUAUUACCCACCACGUGAAAGAAGGAUGUGAGAAAGCAGAUCCAGCACAGUUUGAACUCCUUAAGGUUCUUGGACAGGGAUCAUUUGGAAAGGUCUUCCUGGUGAGGAAGAUCAUUGGGCCUGACGCUGGACAGCUUUAUGCAAUGAAAGUCUUGAAAAAAGCUUCUUUAAAAG